CACCGUGCCACAAGAUCAAAACCAGGCGCUCAGACGGACUUCAUACAUCUGUUCAAGGUGAUUCCGUGCUGAAUUUCUGCUUGGAGGUGGUAGUUUUCCUGGUUUGUGACAGAGCUGUCGUACGCGGGCUGCUUACGGAAGGAAGUUUCGAUCAGCAAGUUUAUCGCAGACUCCUGCUUCUUAUAGUGGUCAUUGCAUUAAGAUAGUCUCUUUUUUAGUGUCUGGCCGGGCAAAGACUAACCAAGUAAGUAGUUCUGUUGCAAGCUAGGAGUUGUUGUUGUGCGGAUCUGCUAGCCUGGUGCGCCCGUUCCUGCCAGCAUGCCUGCCUCCGCCCUGCGUGUGCUUUCCCCGUCAGCGGUGCAGGGGGCAGGCCUCCACUCUCUCUCUGCGGAGGCUGCCCGGUCGCCGUCUGUUGCGGCACAGGUGCCUUGGCCCCUCCUCAGUGGGCCGGCAGACUGUGCGUGUGGCCGCCGAGAUGCUAGCAGCGGGGGGACCAUAGCGGCUGGGGAGAGGGGCAGGGCAACGGCGCGGGGCCGCGGAAGGCGGGCGGCCAGGGUGGCAGCGGUGCUGGCGGACCCGCCGCAGACGAGCCCUGCGCCCAAGCCCCUGCCGGCGGUGCCUCUGAGCAAUGCGGAUCGGCGGGGCGGGGGCAACACGGCGGAGCUGGGGCUGACAGACUCGUACCAGGGGGGGCUGGCCAGCACGUGGGAGCACCGCGCGUGGGUGGCGGCAGGGAGCACAGCGCUGCUAGCGGCACUGGCCAAGGGCCUCUCAGCCGUUCAUGGGGCGGAUGACGCGGCGUUGGCGGCGGCGGCCCUGGUGGCGGGGUACCUGCUGGCGGACCUGGGCACGGGGGUGUACCACUGGGGGGUGGACAACUACGGGGAUGCCACCACGCCCAUCUUUGGCUCGCAGAUCGAUGCAUUCCAAGGCCACCAUCGGCGGCCCUGGACCAUCACCCAGCGCCAGUUUGCCAACAACCUGUACGCACUGUGCCGCCCCGCAGCGUUCUUUGUUGCCCCCUUUCUGCUCCUCCCCAGCAGUGCCCCCGGCCACUGCUUCCUCGCUGUCUUCAUGACCGGGGUUGUCUUCAGCCAGCAGUUCCAUGCGUGGGCGCACAUGAAGAAGGGCCAGCUGCCGGGAGUGGUGCUGGCGCUGCAGGAUGCAGGUGUGUUGGUGUCAAGAAAAGCACAUGGGGCGCACCAUCGGCCACCUUUCGAGGGCAACUACAGCAUUGUUAGUGGCAUCUGGAAUAAGGCCCUAGACGGAUCGGGUGUGUUCAAGAAGGCGGAGCGUUUUAUCUUCGACAAGACGGGGGUAGCGCCUCGCAAUUGGACGGAAAUUGGGGAGGAGUUCGAGGAUCUGAAAUACUAUGAGUUUUCUAGCUCCGACUCCGAGUAGCUCUCUCAGGAUGUUGGAAAGCGUUAUUAUUGUUCCAAUUGAGCAGCACCAUUGCUCGCACAGCGGUAAGUCAAGCUUACUGCUUGGCCAGGUGAUUGAAGGAUUUAAAGAGAUCAUUGUUGCCUCUAUUUAGAAGGUGAUUCUUUGAGUAUACAGUCACACUUACCAAGUCAUGAGCAUUACGACGAGGCCUCGUUACUUUUCGUCAAUUGACAUGCACAUCCGUACAAGAAUUCUACUCGCAAGCUUGCUUGCGCUUGUUGCUCUUUUGCCUAUUCAACA